CAGGUUUGUACCCCCCACAUUCGAGCGGAAAUGGUCAGCCCAGGGUCAGCCAAUCAGAUCUGGACUGAUGGCCUGAUGCCCGUGCGAUAUUCAGGGUCAACGCAGGGUGCAAAGUCUACAUAAAGUCGUGUCCGCAGCUUUCUUCUGACGCCCAUCCCGGUUUCCAGCCCCCCACACCAUGUCCGUCCCGCUGCCAGACUCGGUGCUCCCGAUAAAAUGCCUUAUUGUAGGUGCGAGCUUUGAAGGCCUCAUUGCUGCGUACCUGCUUCACCGCGACGGGCAUCAAGUCACUGUAAUCGACAAAGGGAGUGAAGAUCGCCGGGUCUUUGAGCGUGGGAUACGAAGUCCCCCGAACGUAGCACGCCUCCUGAAUCGGCUGCCAAACAUCCAUUCGGAAGUGAAGCAGCUCACCGCGCCAGGAAUCGAAUUCACGGAAGGUCGCAGUCUCAAUAUAAUCGGCAAAACCGAGUUCUUCGGGUCGAUAAUGCGCGAUUUGGGUUCGAACUUCUACCUGGCCUCGCAUGUCCACAUCAUGCGCUAUUUGCGCCGGCUAUGCCGGGAGGAGAAGGUAGACCUACGUUACCACCAGGAAGUCGUCAGAUUAUCGUCGACGGCAUCCGGCAAACCGGUACUGCACCUGAAGUCUGGGAGGACGAUAGAAGGCGACCUCGUCAUUGGCGCGGACGGCACAAAUGGCAUUUCACGCUCUUUUAUUCCUGUGCACCCGCCACAGCAGCCGAAGGAGGCGUCGGAAGAUGAGGACUCUGACUCAGAUUCUGACGACUCGCAAGAGGAAGACCCGGUAGACAAGCUGAACAAGCUUGGGGUUCGCUCUAUCGUGGGCGCCACAUUUGCAAUCCGGCCUACCGACAUGCGGAAGAACCCCAGAGUUGCGCAGUUGCUGGAGAGCGACUCCAUCAAAGUGUGGAUGGAAUCAAACACUGCUGGCGUCAGCUGCUUGGUACACGAGAAGGACGCGUACAUCUUCACGUUGGGGAAGGUGUACCAGGAAGAUUACGUCGAGACGGGAAUGGAUGUCCGCGAGGAACUCAAGGAGGAACUCGCGAUCUAUCAUCCUGCGAUACAAGAAAUGCUGGACAUGGCGUACGAAUACCGCAAGGAGAUACAGCGCAUGCCGGAGUCCAUGACAAUCGUGGACAAGACGAAAAAGGUUGCUCUCCUCGGCAACGCAGCAUUCCUGUCUCCGUUCUGUGGCGCAUAUAACGACUGCAUACCGUUCGAGAGCGCCUUUACGCUCGCCCGCCUACUCUCGCGCUUACAGAAGCGGUCGGCCCUUCCAACGCUCCUGGACGGCUUCCAGAAGAUCCGUACUUUCCGCAACUUCCAAACCCUCGACUCGGAGGUCUCGGGUACGCGGCUCCUGUCACUGCCCCCUGGCCCCUACCGGACAGGACGCGAUCAGGCGCUCGGCCUCCCGCUCGACCAGGAGGGCGACGAGGCAGCAGAGAUCUGGGCAAAGACGCUCAUGCAGUUCGACUACGACGCGAUCGACGCCGCAGACGAGUGGUGGCUUCAGUGGGGGCAGUUCUUGGUUUAAAUCGGAAGCGUCUAUGUGUACAUAUCUCUCGCAUGCUUUAUCGUCUGGUUCUUUACAUACUAAUAGGGCAGUCUAUAUGUCUAUAGAGACAGAGGGACAUAGUCCGGAUAGAUACUCACGUACAGUAUACCCCAGUCGACGUCGAUUGCAGGUGUGAUCGACUUCAAGCUCCUUUGUUCUUCACGCCCAUCAUCGUUCGGCCCACCGCCUAUUCCUCGCGCCCGUCUGGCGCACUUCCUAUCCUUACGAACAUAUCUACGACGUCGCUCUUUUAUCGAUAAUGUCUCUCAGGUUCAA